CGGCCACUGCCAGGCCACGACACGGGGAAAAUCCUUGCGGGAAAUACUAUCCGUGUGUGUCGGGUUCGCGAGCGCAAACAGGUCUGGCUGUUAUCCUGUGGGUGCCACGCAAAGGAUUUUACCGUUUCACCAAAAAAAGUAAAAAAUCGUGUUUCGUGCGGCAGCUGUAUAACGUGUGAAAUAGUUGAAUAGUUAAUAUUGAUUUUACACCACGACGUCGACUCCGGCGGCGGUGGUGGCGGCGCCGUUGGCCUGCCAGUCGGGCAUGAAGUGUGUGUUGCAGUGAAUCGAAAACGAGUGACUUGGAUUUUACGUCUUUAAAUGAUUUCGCCCUAUGCGUUGCCGCAUUGCAAUGCUCGUCCGAUGGAAAAAGUAAUUGUGCAGCAGCCCGCGCGCGAUGACUAGCUUGACGUUGGCGUUAGAUAAUGCUGUUACAGAGAGCACUGAGCAGAUCAGCAAGCUGUUCCCCAAGUGUCGGCCGCGCGGCGCCGACAUUAACCUCAAUCCGCUCUUGGGCCGUGAGCAUGCUGAGCGCAACGACAACCAUCGCCAUUCGCACGCCGCCGCCGUCAUGAACGUCGACGCCAGGGAUAGGGAUAAUGAUAGAUGGGUCAUGGAUGGUUCCUAUGCGGACAAUCGAGAUAACGGAAGCCAAGUGCAUUCUACCGACGACGACGACAUAAUCGACCACGAGCAUAUCGGAGGAACGUACAAGUUACGUGACUCUAGAAUCAUCGAGAUAGCAGGCGGACGCGAAAUCUACUCGCAGAGCCGCAGUAAAGCAUCGCGUAAAUCGCGUAACAAUCCAACAUCGCUGGUUGGUGAUGAGUUAGACAAGAAGCAGCGUCAAGGUGUAUGGGAAUUGAGAGGCGGCGGGACGGCGGCACGAUGCAACAAUGACGCUGUCGGCCUCGCUGCGAAAGCGAAGGCGCGCGCUGCACGCGACUUCACCGAGACGGUCUUCGCGUCGGAGGUGUGCUCGAUGACGAUGACGCAGCAGAAUUCCUCGGCGGUGGAGGCCCAGCAGUUGCAGGAGCUGCAGGCGACACUCGCUCAAUUGCAACAGCGCAAUGGUGGCGGCGGUGGUUCACCGGAUAACGACGUUGUGGUCUUUGAUGAUAUCGGCGAAAGCUGGCAGAAUGAUUCACCGCCACUGCUCAUGGAAAAUGGUAGUAGUGAUAGUAAUGCUGGGAAUGUAGGCGGUGUUAGCUCAAUCACCACCACCACCACUAGCAACAAUACCAACACCUCGCCGCCGUACAACAAUCAUCAGAUGGACGAGCGCGUGACGAAGGUGAUUGGCUCGCUCCCGAUUGCCGUGUACGAGGGCUCGCCGCGCAGAUACGGCCCCCGCCACCAGGAGUCCAACUGCACGCACCCGCAAUUACCUAGCGCGCAGAGCUUGCUUGCUUCCCCUAGUGUCUAUCCACCCAGGCCCGGCUUUCCGCAGCGGGUUGUCUGUUCCCCUAGCGAAAACGAUGCCCCCACUACUGAUAACUACAGGACAAAUGGUAGUAAACCGGGGUCACCACGUACCACUUCGUCGACAUUCGACUACCUCUACGAAUUCUCCGAGACGCGUAAAGUCCUCGAAGAGUUCUUCAAGUGCCCGCCGCCGGAAGAAGAAAACCGGCUGGAGGCGGAGUUUCAGGACCUCGAGUAUGAGUUGCGCCGCCAGGCGGGCGAUUCUGGCAACUCGUAUGUUGGUCAGCGAUUGGCCAAGCGACCCGAGCAAGAUUUCUGCCUACGCAUUGAUUCACCCCGCAAGCACAAUAGCACUAAUUUAUUAACCCUUCAGGAUCAUGAAAUAACUGAGUACGAAAACAAUUUCCUGGACCUCUCGAUAGGCACGGGUUCCAGUGGUGAUUUGGGCGAGACCGAGGUGGGUCUCCAAGUGGGCCACAGUCGUAACUUCACCCUAUCACCAGAAACCACCGAUUGUGACUCCAACUGCGGUGACCUCGAUAGUGAAGUGUCCCUAAUGUUGAUGGAGAAUGAAUUAGGCCCUGCUUCCGGUCUAUUAGGCUCCAGUGGUGAUCUAGCGAUACCCAAUGAUUCCCUGCGAUUGUAUUCAAGUAUGCCUGUGUUGGAAGAUGGUCUCUCUUCCGGUCAUGCCAGCGAUACAGACAACAACAAUCCCACGGUGAUGUUGAUGAAGCGUCAAAUCACCGAGAUUGAACGUGAGAUUAACCAAGGUAUCAAGGGUAAACAACUCGUCAGCAACAAACCACAAGAGAAUGGUCUCUCCCCAGCUAAAGAAACACCUCUGAAUCAAAUCGAGGUGAUCAAUGGCAUCAACUCCUAUGAUGAUCUCAAUCAUCAAUCAGUGGACACGUCAGAUAAAACACCACCUCCGCCUGCUCCAGCUCCACAUCGCUGCGUCAUCCCAACCAGUGGAGGAGGAGGAGGAGGAGGUGUUGGAGGAGUACAGGUGCCCGCCGCUGAGGUCGCUGAUGUCGAGGCGGCCAUUAAGGAUAUCCGGUUGACGCUGCAACGCACCAAGACGCUGCCGCUCAAGUGUCAUCCGGAAGAGGAAUGUGAGGAGGGCAGCGCCGUCAGCCCAGUGUGGGUGCCGAGGCAACGUGGGCUGUCAGCAACAAGCGCAGACUCCGAUCGGAAGGUGCAAAGUGGUGAAGAGGGAGGUGACGAAGAAGAAGCCGACACAGACCUCGAAACAGAUCGUCUUCUAGGUCAACAACGUACGGAUGAUCAAGGAUUCUACGAUGAUAAGGGCUGGAGAAAACCCAAAAGUCGGACGAUCAUGCCGCCAUUAUCCCUACCCACCACCCAGAAACAGAUCAUGCACCCGCUGGACGAGGGCACGAUACCGCUCGCCUCACCCACCGAUCCUCUCAUCUCGCAUCCCUCGUCACCCAACGCCACCUCCGACAAAAGCCAGUCGCCUCAGAGCCAGAAGGGAUCUAACGCUUCGAUCAAACUCAAAAAGGACAAAGAGAACAAAAAGAAGGGACGCAACAAGGAAGGUGGAUUCUUGGAUCCGACAGUGCUCAUUGAAGGCGUGUUAUUCAGAGCUAGAUACCUGGGUUCCACGCAGUUGGUGUGUGAAGGUCAGCCGACGAAAACGACGCGCAUGAUGCAGGCCGAGGAGGCCGUCAGCCGCAUCAAGGCACCAGAUGGCGAGACGCAGCCCAGCACCGAAGUGGACCUCUUCAUCUCAACCGAGAAGAUAAUGGUGCUCAAUACCGACUUGAAAGAGAUCAUGAUGGACCACGCACUGCGUACCAUCUCCUACAUAGCGGAUAUCGGUGAUUUGGUAGUACUCAUGGCGCGGAGACGUUUCGUCCCGCAUGAAAUGGAAGAAGCACCCAAGAUCAAUCGGACUCCGAAGAUGAUCUGCCAUGUUUUCGAGUCGGAGGAGGCUCAGUUCAUCGCCCAGAGUAUUGGGCAGGCAUUUCAGGUCGCUUAUAUGGAGUUUCUCAAGGCGAACGGCAUCGAGGACCACAGUUUCGUCAAGGAGAUGGACUACCAAGAGGUGCUCAACUCACAGGAGAUAUUCGGGGAUGAACUACAGAUGUUUGCGAAAAAAGAGAUGCAGAAAGAAGUAGUGGUACCGAAAGCCAAGGGGGAGAUAUUGGGUGUGGUGAUAGUCGAGUCCGGAUGGGGGUCGAUGCUGCCGACGGUGGUGAUAGCGAAUUUGGCGCCUGCGGGUGCCGCCGCACGCUGCGGCCAGCUGAAUAUUGGGGACCAAAUCAUCGCCAUUAAUGGCGUGAGCCUCGUCGGGCUGCCGCUGUCGACGUGUCAGAACUACAUCAAGAACUCGAAGAAUCAGACGGUGGUUAAGCUCACUGUGGUGCCGUGCGCGCCUGUCGUCGAGGUGAAGAUUAAACGACCCGAUACGAAAUAUCAACUAGGUUUCAGCGUACAAAAUGGAGUGAUAUGUAGCUUACUUAGGGGUGGAAUUGCCGAAAGAGGUGGGGUGAGAGUUGGUCAUCGCAUCAUCGAAAUCAACAAUCAGAGCGUCGUUGCAGUACCGCAUGAAAAGAUCGUCAAUUUGUUGGCGACAUCUGUCGGCGAAAUAUUGAUGAAAACGAUGCCGACAUCGAUGUUCCGCCUUCUGACGGGUCAAGAAAAUCCAGUGUAUAUCUAAAUAGACUUACCGAAGGUCUGAAAGUGCCUACCUUAAAACUAGUUGAUAUUUAACAAGACGAGCGAAGCAAACCGAAAGAAACCUGUCAUUGGGAAUUGUUUAUUAAGUUUUGGUCGUGCUUGAGUCGCAGAUCAAUAUAUUUUUUAUUGUAACGCAUAAGUUUUAACAGACUGAAGACAAUACAAGCGAAGACCUGCGGCGCGGAUCAUAUCUCAGCUUGGUCGUAUCCAUAUUUCAGCAGCACGCGCGCGCGCGCAGUAAAUGCAAGGACGACUUAAAUGAAUUAUAGAAUAUACCAAAGAUGUUUGUAUAAAAGAAAAAUGAUGAAGAAAACCGACGUAAAGUCGCGCGCAGUUAGCUAAACACACAAAAAAACGCAUGGACAUGAAUAUAUUAAGAAUAUUGGUGGUGUAACAAUUAACGCGUAAAAGAAAAGUAACAAAUUAGCUCCAAAAUACCUAUUUAUAUACGUAUAAUAAUUGUACUGUAUUAUAUUGUAAACUAUAUCGUAAAUGACUCAGCUUUCUUUUUUCUAAUUGUGAUAAGCUAUAAGGAAUCGCGAACGCGGAAAUCAAUGUGUAAAACAUGCGCUGACGAAUUGAAUGUGCUGUACAUUUUCUCUAGUCGUAAUACGAAAAACUAAAACCACACAAGAUUCGCAAGAAUUUGAAACGGCGAAAGCGAACCUAACCUUAAAUUUAUUUCGUAAGCGUCACUCAACCACACGAUACACACUCAACAUAGAAAAAAAUUGCGUGUAAGCCCCACACACACAUGUGAUAAUUGAAAAAAAUGUGGAAAUAAUGCUUCUUACUACAUUUCGAAUGCCUUACGCCCCCGUAUUUCUACUAUUAAACGAAACUACUAAACUUCUAGUACCUAACCAUAUCAAAUAAAGAACUAUGCAACACACAUUACACAUGUACACAAUUUACGAUUGCGUUGACGACAUUUGUUGAGAUUUGUGCAAAAACUAAGAGACGAACAAAUAUUAUAUUAACGAAACAAACGAAAUCAAAUGCAGAGAUUAUUGUAAAACUAUCGAUAUAGUGAAAAAUGUUACUUACAUUGUGCUGACAAAAAAGAAAAACUCUCCUGUAUGAUUCGAUGAUAUUACUUAGUUAAGAGACUCUUCGUUCUGCCAUUAUAACGUCAUCAUAACCUACAAAUGACCUAUGACCGCAUCGCGCAUGCGCCCCCUUCCGCAUUCGACUUUGUAUUACCGGGUGUUCAUCUUAAAUGUAAGACAAAAACAAAAACAAAAAGAAAAACGGACGCGCGAAGGGAUGUUUAGUCGAAAUAAACACUUGCAUUAAUGAAUUUCUAUCUCCAGAGAUUUAUCCCGCUGCCCUCUUUCACCCGAAAUAAAGUGUUGUAGGGAGAUCGCAGA